AUGCUGAAGUGGACGAAACAGAAACGCAGACUGAGUCGAGCAGGUAAACGUGACACUUUCACGGCCGACAAAACAUCAGAUAAAACUUUGGAAAAAUCUGCUAAAGCUGGAUUACAAGAUAACGCAGAACUACAAUUACGGAGCCGAGCAUCAGAACAAGAAAAAGGAUACAUACCAUCAUCAGAUUCUAAAGACACUUGGGAACAUCAAACAACAAGAACAGAAACAAAAAGUCAAUUGCCUCAAGAAAAAUUUAAUGAAAUUCCAAUAGGAGACAGAUUUAUCUCCCCGGCCAAAACGGAUUCUCCAAAAUUGUGGACAAUGAAUUCUGAAGCGAAAACUGGCACGACUGACUCGGCAUCGCAAUAUUACAUGGCUUCAUCUCUAGACGGAAACACAACGUCUAGUAUUUCUUCGUUUGGGCCGGAGAUUAAAAGCUCGUUAAUCUCGCAAUCGUCUGUUUCAAGAAGCCCAGAUCUCAAAACAGCAUUUAUUGCUUCCAACGCCGAAUCAACCGAAACUAGCCCCUAUGGUUCGCUUGCUGAUUCACCAGCAUUUCAACCGAAGAUCACUGGUUCAAAACCGCAAAUGCCAGACAUUACAAGGUCGGUCCCGACUAUGGAGAGUGAAGUUUUGGGACCGGAAGUUGUAUGGGAUCAGGAAGGCUUAACCAUGAGCCAAGUGGCCGAUUUGGACAACUUCCCGUGUGUUUGCUUCUUUGAGGAGUGUGUGCAAGAGAGGAGUGGACACAGAGAGUUUCUGAGUCCUGGAUUAAAAAUAUAUUCCCGCCAACCAGUGAUUUUACAUCUGAAAACAAACAAGAAACAGGCAAGAGCAAGAACAAUAUACAAAGACCCUCGUGGAGCUUACUACGAAGUUGGACAAACGCUGAUCAUUCCAGAUGAUUACAAGGGCUGGUUUGAACUGGUGCCGUCUGAUUUCAGUCGCGCCACUUCUUACCUCUCCAUUGAAGAAGUUGCGAAAGCAUUACCAAAGAAGUUCUUCACUAGAUCCAACCUCAAGGGCAUCAGAAUCGAAGGCGAAGGCGACCAACAGAAAUAUCUGGAAAGACGAAUUCGAGCAGGGUCUGUUUUAGAAACGAAAGGCACAUUUACAGCAAAGUGGAAGACUAGAGCAGAAACUGGAUUGUUUAAGAAGAAAACCACAGAAUGGGAGUUUCAAGAAAUGACCUACUUGAAGUGUAUGGACCACGAUCUACAAGAAAUACUAAUACCUAUAACACACAAAGGUAAAUUUAGCGCUAUUUAUGAGAGAGGUCGUUUAAACCAGAAUGCCGUGUACAGUAUGAAGGACAUUCUUUCUGACCUUGGCCUGCCCAUCAAGGUCAGACUUCUGUUCGGGAAAGCCCCUGUUGUGCCGUGCAUUUUUACGGGUAUGUUGGUCAUACGUAGUUCGGCUAUUGACGAAGCGGUUGUCGGAAGCACCAUUAUCAACAAACGAAAUGUUCUGUUUGAAGUUCCUACCAAGGCUCCGGUGAAGGUCAAGUACCUCUCAAAAGAUGACCAGUUUGCUGAAACGACCACUUAUAAAGAUGCCCAGAAACUGUGCAGAAAAUACGCCAGGCUGUUCAGCUCCAUGAUAAAACUGUCCCCAGACCUGGACACCGAUCAGAAGACCAUCAUGCACGUGCCUACAGAUCCUUCCGUUAUGCGACAAGUGGACGAAGCACUCCGUGCUCUUGAUCUCAUCACAGACAUCAGUUUUACAGGGGAACCUAAAGAUCAAUUCUUGGAUUCUUCUGAUUCCGGCUCUAUCAAUAGCGAUGAUCAAAUCAUCAUGCCCAAGGGGGGUACCCUUGAAGAUCUGGAAGAGUUUAAAGGUAGAGAAUCGCAAACUCAUGUGUAG